GGGCGGAGCCUAAGGGAGGCCGAACACUCCUGGGAGGGAGGAGGGGCGGGUUCUCUGUGUGAGCGCGCUUCACUUUCCAGUGACUGUGUCUACAUCUGGCCUGGCAUCAGUUCUCUGGUUCCGUGUGAGAGAGGAAGAUGGAGGUAGAUUUGUCCAGCUUCAAUAUUGACAGUCCCCGAUGGGACCAGCGAACCUUCAUGGGUCGACUGAAGCAUUUCUUCAACAUCACAGACCCUUGUACAGCUCUUGUUUCAGAGAAGACACUGGACUGGGCCAAGAUGAUGGUUGAAAGUAGCCGGAAGGGUGCCAUACCCCCAGGCACCAGCCAGGAACAGCUGCUGUAUGCCAAGAAGCUAUACGACUCAGCCUUCCACCCAGACACUGGGGAAAAGAUGAACGUGAUUGGGCGGAUGUCAUUCCAGGUGCCAGGAGGCAUGGCUAUCACAGGCUGUAUGCUCCAGUUCUACAGGACAAUGCCUGCAGUGAUUUUCUGGCAGUGGGUGAACCAGUCCUUCAAUGCAUUGGUCAACUACACCAACCGGAAUGCCGCCAGCCCCAUAUCAGUCAGGCAAAUAACUGUAUCCUACUUCACAGCGACCACCACAGCCCUGGCCACUGCCCUUGGCCUUAACAUGUAUACCAAGAAAGCCCCACCUUUGGUGGCCCGAUGGGUACCCUUUGCUGCCGUUGCUGCUGCUAACUGUGUCAAUAUCCCUAUGAUGAGGCAACAGGAACUCAUCCAUGGCAUCAAUGUGACUGACAGGAACUCUCAGGAGUUGGGUCGAUCACGGAAAGCUGCAGUCAUUGGCAUCUCGCAGGUGGUCAUUUCCCGAAUCACCAUGGCAGCUCCUGGGAUGAUCUUACUCCCAAUCCUGAUGGAAAGGAUGGAGAAGUUGGCCUUCAUGAAGAAAAUACAGUUCCUGCAUGCCCCUCUGCAGGUGAUGCUGGCUGGGGGCUUUCUGGUCUUCAUGGUGCCUGUGGCCUGUGCCAUCUUUCCGCAGAGAUGUGAGAUGGCAGUCUCACGUCUGGAACCUGAGCUCCGAGACUCCCUCAAAGCUAAGCAUGGAGACCUCAAUUCUUUCGUCUACUUCAACAAAGGACUCUGAAGUACCUCCUCUUCAUCUCCUGGCUACCUCAGGCUCUCAGAACUUCCUUUCUUCCCUCCCACUUCCCAACAAAGCAUAAAAGCCAGGCUGAAUUUGGGGGUGGACUAGAUUCCAUCUGUGUUCAAGCCCUGUUCUUCCCACUGCAGGGGAGAGAGCAUGGAAUAGUGGGGGGACCAGAAGCCAAAAUUUGAGUGACCAACUGUGAGGGCUCUAUUCCCCCAGACCCCUCCCCAAUCUUCAUGCCAUCUGACCUCCCUGUCGCAGGCACAUCAUCAGCCUUUACACCUAGGGCCUCUGGUCCCUUGUGGAGAAAGGAUCUUCUGAGGUGUGCAGGGGAUGAAAGGAAGUUGGUGGGUUUUUUUCCUGAAGUUGUUUUUAAGAGAAUGGGGGCUAGUCCUUUGGAAUUCCAAGUCACAGUUUGAAUCAGAUACAUUUACUUGACUAAGAGGGGUAGCAGAGAAAUCUCCAAACUAACACUUCUUACUUCUAAUUCCAGAUAUGCUGAAAAAAUUCGGGAUGCCUUUUCCCCACUUCUGACAUUUAAUAACUGUGUGACCCUGGUCGAGUCAUUUAACUUCUCUUGAUGUCAGUUUUCUGUCUAUAAAAACAAGUUAAUAAUACUCAAAGCAUCUACCUCGAAGGGUUGUGAGGAUCAAAUGAGAUAAGGUUUAUGAAAUGUUUUGAAAACCUUAAAGCAUUCCAUAAAUGUCAGAUUAGCAUCACUUUUCCCAUUAUUUCCAUGAUGGCCACUGUCUUAAAUUUGCAGGGGCUGGUCUGAUUCAAUCCCCUGCAGAUCUCUGGCUGCCAGAUCCUUCCUUGCUGAAAUCCCCCAGGAAUGCAGGUGCUGAGGUUAGACUUCCCCUGGCUGGGGGUUUAUAGGUAGUGCCUGAGGCCAUUGACUUAGGUCACUGGGUAGGUUGAUCCUUCAGACUGUAGCUGUGAACAGUCUCUCUCUGGCAUUUUAUUUCUGUUUGAGGUGGAAACUCACCUGAUUAUUAUUUUGUAAAAUCUAUUUUUAUCAGCUGUGAAUGAAAGCUUUCCCCAAGAGCCAAUGUAUUUGGGUAGGUCUCAACUGGAACUUCUGGGCAAGAGUGUACCUUGAUGUGACGUUUCCUUGUCCUCUUCCCCCCCCCCCCCCCCCCCCCCCCCCUCUGCCAAGAAAAAUGGUGCUGAGUAGGAAAGGGAAGAAUGAUCUCGAUACAAACCAAAAAGACCCUUCACUGAAGUGCCAAUCCUCUUUCAGCCUUCCCUGCAAGGCUGAGCUGCCCUUUGGGUUUGGGGGCUCAUUUCUUCAUCUUCUUGGCUGAUACAGACCAAAGUUGGAUCUUGUUUUCUAACUCCUGAGAGGAUCUUACUGUAAAUUGUUUGUUUUUGUUUAUUUUUGUGAGGCAAUUGGGGUUAAGUGACUUGCCCAGGGUCACACAGCUAGUAAGCGUUAAGUGUCUGAGGCCGGAUUUGAACUCAGGUCCUCCUGAA